AUGUUGGAGGGACUUGUCGCCGGCCUGCUCAAUAGGUUUCUGGGCAUGUACGUCAAGAAUUUCGACCCUGCACAGCUCAAGGUUGGAAUCUGGUCUGGUGAUGUCAAGCUACGGAACCUCGAGCUUCGGAGGGAAGCCCUCGAUCAGCUGAAGCUUCCCAUCAAUGUCAUGGAAGGCCAUCUCGGCGAGCUGACACUUAUCAUUCCAUGGUCCAACUUGCGUGGCGCUCCCGUCAAGGUCUUCAUCGAGGAUGUCUUCCUGCUAGCCUCCCCCCGCGAAGAGGCCGCUUAUGACGAGCAAGAGGAAGAGCGUAGGAAGCAAAGAAUCAAGAUGGAGAAACUGGAUUCCGCCGAGCUUCUCAAGGAGAGGUCUCAAGAGGGCCUGAGCCAGGAAGAGCAGAAAAAGAGCCAGACGUUUACACAGAGUCUGGUCACCAAGAUUGUCGACAACUUGCAAGUCACAAUCAAGAAUAUCCACAUCAGAUACGAGGACUCCAUUUCGGCUCCUGGUCACCCCUUUGCACUCGGCGUAACUCUCGAGGAGUUCAGCGCCAUCAGCACUGACGGCCAGUGGAAGCCGACCUUUGUCCAAGACUCGACUAAGAGCACCCACAAGCUCGCAACACUUGGCGCCCUUGCCGUCUACUGGAACACAGAUACAGAGCUGCUGGGCCCUGGCCGAGAGGUCGACACGGGCGGGAAACCUCCGAUGCCGCAUGACGAGAUGGUUGACAAGUUCAAGACUUUGAUAGGUUCAACCGAGGAUACAGGGCUCAACCACCAAUUCAUCUUGCGACCCGUCAACGGAAAGGCAAAGAUUGUCCUCGACAAGACUGGAGAGGUCCAUGUUCCCAAGGCCAAGGCCAGUUUGCUCUUUGAGGAGAUUGGACUCGUCAUCGAUGACGACCAGUACCGUGAUGGCCUGAUGAUGGUUGACCUUUUCCACUACUUCAUCCGCCACCAAGAAUACAAGAAAUUUCAGCCCAAAGGAGUCACACCCAAAGAAGACCCGAGAGCAUGGCUCAAGUUCGCCGGUGACUCAGUGCUCAGCAAGAUCCACGAGAAGAACCGUAGAUGGUCAUGGGAAUACUUCAAAGAACGACGGGAUGACCGCAAGCGCUACACCGAACUGUUCAAGAAGCGCAAGCAACAGCAACAGCUCAGUGCUCAGGAGAACGAGGACAUCAACAAGCUCGAGAUCAAGCUUGACUACGAGGAUCUGCGGUUCUGGCGAUCUCUGGCACGGAACCAGCUUAAGAAGGAGAAUGCUGCUGCUCUGAAGAACCAGCCCCCUAAGCAGGAGCAACAAGGUUGGCUAGCAUGGGCCUGGGGCAGUGGCCAGAAGCAGCAGGAGCACCAUGUCGAGGAUGAUGAGAACACGCAAAUCACCGAGGAGCAGCGCAAAGAGCUCUACGAUGCUAUUGAAUUUGAUGAGAAGACUGCAUUGGCAGAGUCGGUCGACGUUCCUCGAGACUCCAUCAAAAUGCAAGUCGAGGCGUGGCUGAGCACAGGAAGCUUCACGCUGAAGAAGAGCCACAACGGCAAGCGGAGUGACCUCCUGAGUCUGCAUUUUGACGUUUUCAAAGCCAAGGUCUUGCAGCGUCCCGAUUCCUUCCUGGCUGAUCUCAGCCUGGGUGGGCUCCGUGUCAAUGAUGGAACCACGCCAGACUCCCUCUUCCCCGAGAUUGUCAGAGUUAAGGAUGCCCCUGAGAACCGCGACCACCAACGUCUAACUAUCGAAGAGCUGGAAAACAAUGACGAUGAACCCUUCUUCCGCUUCGAGGUCGAACAGAAUCCCAUCGAUCGCGAAGGAGACAUUGCACUCAGUGGGUCCCUCAAACCACUCGAGAUUGUCUGGAAUCCAAACUUCAUUGUUGGUGUAGCGGACUUCUUCAGACCACCAGAACGGCACAUGGAGUCCAUAACGGCACUGAUGGAGACAGCCGGUGCCACUGUAGAAACCUUCCGAGAACAGACGCGGGCUGGUUUGGAGUUUGCUCUUGAGGAACACAAAACCAUCAACGCUCAGCUCGACCUGCAGGCCCCGCUGAUCAUCGUGCCGGUCAGCAUCAAUGUCAAAGAAUCUACUUGUUUAAUUCUAGAUGCCGGUCAUAUCAGCGUUAACAGCGAGCUGGUGGAUCAGGAUACCAUGAAGCAGAUUCAGUCGAAGCAGCGCCAAUCUUACACGGACGAGGACUUCAAGCGCUUGGAGUCUGUCAUGUACGACAAAUUCUUGGUGAAGCUCUCCUCCACGCAGGUGCUGAUAGGUCCCUCGAUCGAGGCGACGAAGGCUCAAAUUUCGAACAAGGACGACACACAACACUUACACGUGGUGGAAGAGAUCAAUGUUGAUUUUGUGGUCGAGACAUCGAUUCUGCCCAAGGCGCCAAACUUGACCAAACUGAAGGUCUCUGGCCACCUGCCCAUGCUGCACGCCACCGUAUCAGAUUCCAAGUACAAGAAUUUGAUGCGGAUCAUCGAUGUUGCCAUUCCCAAGUUCGGCAAUCAAGAGCAGCAACAGACGCAAAUCAAGGAUGCUCAGGGUCAGGCGGUGACGACUCGCCCGCGCGGCUUGAGCACCACCUCCAACCGAUCGCGGUCUCGCAAGGAUACCAACAGCCGCCGGAAGUCCUCCCAAUUCCCCUUCAUGCAGCAACAAACUGCCAUUGUCAUUGACGAAGACGACGACGAUCAAGACGAAUUUGAGGAUGCCGACGAUGGUGGUAGGAGCAAUAAAGAACAGCUUAAGCUCCAGCAGCGUUCUUUCGAGCUCAAGUUUAAGGUCGACACCCUCAAGGGUUCUCUAUACCGGAGCGACCCUGACAAGAAGAAGCCUGAUCAGCUUCUCGUCGAACUGGUUGCUGAGAACUUUGACCUCCUCUUUUAUUUACGUCCUUACGACAUGUCUGCAGAAGUCUCACUAGGCUCCGUCACCAUGGACGACUUCGUUGACAAUCCCCCGGCGGAGUUCAAAUCAAUUGUUUCAUCCGGAGACAUGGAAGAUCGGGAGCAGAAUCGUAGCCUUGUCAGUGUCAAGUUCACCAAGGUUAAUCGACUGUCACCAGAGUUCAUGCCGGUCUAUGAAGGUGUGGAGACGAAUGUUACCGCAGCAAUAUCAACUAUCAACCUCAUUGUGACCAGGAAGACCCUUCUUACCCUACUUGACUUCAUUCUGGCCACCUUCACUGGAAAUAACAACGAGGCAGCGCCACCGCAUGAACAAAAAGCUAUAUCAGACUCGGAAGACGACGACGAAGGUGUCGAAAUAGCCGUUGAAUCUCCUCCAGAGGAUGGACCCGCGAACGCAGGCUCCAUUCGAGUCAAAGUCGAUCUGAAGAGUAUCCGGCUCAUCCUGAAUAACGAUGGGAUCCGCUUGGCAACCCUAUCGUUCAAUCAUGCCGAUGUUGGAGUCUUCUUGCUUGGGAAGACGAUGCGAGUCAAUGCAAAGUUGGGCAAUCUCAACCUGGUUGACGACAUCAACCAAGGUGUUUCUGAGGAAUCCAAUUUACGGCAACUCAUCUCUAUCCAAGGCGAUGAACUCGCUGACUUCCGCUACGAGACUUUCGAUGCUACCAACAAGAAAACAUAUCCGGGAUAUGAUUCGUCAGUCUAUCUCAGGGCUGGUUCCGUCAAGCUUAACUUCCUCGAGGAGCCCUUCAGAAAGAUCAUUCAGUUCCUGGUCAAGUUUGGCAAGAUGCAAGCCAUUUACAACGCUGCACGCCAAGCAGCAGCGUCUCAAGCCAAUCAAAUCCAGCAAAGUACGAGCAAGUUCAAGUACGACGUUGUCGUCAAGACCCCGAUAGUCGUCUUCCCUCGGGUCGUCAAUCAUGGCCAGCCCAAACGGGAUGUCAUUACCGCCUACUUGGGAGAGAUCUACGCCCAGAACAAGUUCGCACCCUUGGACGACUCGGAGAACUCUCAGAUCGCCACCAAGAUCUCUGCGGGCAUCCGCAAUAUUCGUCUGACAUCUGACUUCAACUAUCCCGGCGACCUUUCCGAGGAGCUGGAGUUGAUUGACAAGGUCGACUUGGGCUUCAAUGUCACGUACGCUGAGCACCAGGACGGCACGAAGCGACCCGAACUCGAAAUUGAAGGAAGCAUGUCUGAUUUCAACUUGAAGCUCACUCAGUACCAGCUCAGGUUCUUGAUGGAGAUUUCAAAGGCUGUCCCAGCUGCGUUUGCUGCUGAUUCAGAAGAGCAAGAUCAGGAAGCUGAGCGCGAAGUAGACAAAGACACGCUUCAAAGAGCAAGGUCGAUACCUCUCGACAAAGGAGCGAACGAAGAGGAGAAGCAGGUUGAUCUCGGCCCCGAGCUAUCGCCUAAGGACCAGGCAUGGACCAAGCUCGACCUCGUCUUCCAGGUCAACACUAUUGGCAUGGAACUGCUACUUGCCCCGGAUGACAAGCCGGUGGGCACGCUUGAAGAUGCCAGCCUGUCCCGCUUCUCGUUGGACGUCACCAAGCUCAAGACACGAAUGCUCAACGACGGUUCGCUCGAGGGCGAAUUCCUGAUCCAUUCAUUCACGAUUUACGACAGCCGUCCUCGUGAAACGAACAAGUUCAGACGCAUCAUGACUUCUUCGAACAAGGAGGUUCAGCAGCUGAUGGCCAGCAUCACAAUGUCUGGUGGCCAAGACAGAAGCCUAAUUGCGAUUGUCACCGUUGAUAGCCCACGCAUCAUUUUUGCCCUUGAUUACCUCUUCGCCAUUCAGAACUUCGUCAUGGUCGGCCUGCAACCGGAGGAGCCUUCCCCUGUAGACGAAGAGUCGCUAUUUGAGACACCUGAUGACGAUGCUGACUCGAUGCAAGUCACUUGGUCCAACAAGGCCAAGUCCCAGACGAGUGGCACAGAGGGUCAGGAAGAGCCUCAGGGAGAUGCCGAGGAGAAGCCAAAGAGCACUUUGAGCAUUGCGUAUAGGGUAAACAUCGUGGACGCACAGGUCAUCUUGAUCGCCAACCCCCUCAGUGCAAGUUCUGAAGCCAUUGUUCUGGGUACCAAGCAAGUUUUGCUAUCCCAACAGCAUGCUCUGACCUUCCAGGUCUCCGAAAUCGGCAUGUUCCUCUGCCGGAUGGAUCGAUUCGAAGACUCCCGUCUGCGACUCAUUGACGACUUUUCAGUUCAGAUUUCAAUGGACAGCUCGAAGCCCAAUGUCACAAGCAUUCAUGCUGACAUCGAACCAUUGAUUCUGCGGCUGUCCCUGAGAGAUAUUUUGCUCGCUCUGCAGAUCGCAAGCAAGGCUACUGAGCUUUCAGAUCAACAGCAAAAGGACCAGAAGGAGAGAAAAACUGCGUCGGCCGCUGACGAGAAGGCGAGAAAGCUGCGUCAAGCAGGUCUGAAACAGCGGACAGCCAGUGGCAAGGGCCCGUCUACGAUUGCGAACAAGACUAUCAUGUCCAAGACCGCAUUGGUAGCAGCAUCUCAAGCCAAGCAAGCCCAAGAUGAUUCUCACAGCACAGCCAUUCAAAAUCAGCCUAAGCGACACGAGGAACUUUCGGCAACCAUUGAGGGCAUCCGUGUUGUCCUUAUUGGCGACGUCCACGAACUUCCCAUCCUGGACCUGGGUAUCAAGAACUUCACCGCCACGGCCGAAGACUGGUCUUCGGACCUCAAGGCUGAAACUGCAAUUGACAUCUAUACGAACGUGUACAAUUUCUCAAAGUCAGCAUGGGAACCUCUGCUAGAACCCUGGAAGGUUGGCUUUGGUAUUGCGAAAGAGCAGCAAUCAGGUCUUUUGUCUAUUGACGUUGCUUCCAACAAGAUCUUCGAUGUCACAAUCACGACAGCUACCAUUGCUUUGGCAUCGAAAUCCUUCGCUUUCCUCAGUAGGGACGAGGAUGUUCUCGGCAAGCCGCGUGGUGUUGACGCCCCUUACCGGAUUCGGAACUACACUGGAUUUGACGUAGUAGUACAGUCGAAGAGUAUGACGACAGAUGAUAACAUGACCGCCCGUCUUGAAGAUGGGCAAGAAGUACCUUGGAGCUUCGAGCCUUGGGAGAAGAUGCGAGAGAACCUUUCGACCGAGAGUAGUACAGGUAGUGUCGGCAUUCAUUUGGAGGGCAGUGGCUUUGACCCGGUCAAGAACGUCAGGUUGAACCGCGAGGGCGAGGCCAUUUACGGUUUGAAGCCCAAGACUGACAAUAUCCUGCACCGAUUGCUUGUCGAGGUCACCUUGGGCAAGGAUAACGUCAAAUAUGUCACUCUUCGAUCGCCUCUUGUGGUCGACAACCUCACCCAGAUCCCAGUUGAACUUGGUGUCUACGACGCCCAAGAGGGUCAUCUGCUCAAGAUUGAGAAGAUUGCUCCUGGCGAGAGCCGACCGGCUCCGGUAGGAGCCGUGUUCCUCAAAUCUCUGCUGGUGCGGCCCGACUCUGGAUUUGGCUACGCAUGGUCUUCUGAGACUUUGUGGUGGAGAGAUCUCCUCAAGCGGCCAACACGGACGAUGGUCUGCAAGGGGGAGAACGGGGACCCUUUCUAUUUCCAGCUCAAUGCCACGUUUGACAGGUCGAACCCAUUGACCAAAAAUUACCCUUACAUGCGUAUCAAGCUGUCGCCUCCGGUCAUCCUUGAGAACUUGCUACCUUACGAUUUCAAGUAUCGCAUCUACGACAAAAACACCAAAAAGGACUGGGCAAACUUCCUUCGCAAAGGUGGACUCAGCCCGGUGCACGUUGUAGAGCUAUCUCACUUGCUCCUCCUCAGCGUCGAUAUGCAAGACACUGUCUUCAAACCCAGCGACUUUGCUAUCAUCAACUCCGGGGCUUCGGACGACUUCAAGAAGGAAGACAGACUGCUUUGCAAGGACGAAGAAGGCUUGCAGCUCAACUUGAAGCUUCAUUAUCACAAGAUACCCGACAGCGGUGGAGCUUUCCGAGUCACGGUUUACAGUCCUUACAUUAUCCUGAAUAAGACUGGGCUUGACCUACAGAUCAGAGCCAAAGGCUUCCUGCAAGGCGCACGACCCGCAGCUGGACAGUCGACCCUAUCCUCCAGAUCUGGCAACAGCCGCCCUAGGGCUACUCCGUUUAUGUUCUCUUACGGCAAUGACGAUCAUAGAAACCGAGCUUUGCUGCAAAUCGCUGAUUCGGAAUGGAGCAAGCCGCAGAGUUUCGACGCCAUCGGAAGCACAACCGAGGUGGUGCUGCCCUCGCCAUCCAGGAACACUGAGGUGCACAUUGGCAUCACCACGGAGGCUGGAGAAGGCAAAUACAAGAUGACCAAGGUCGUUACCCUCGCGCCGCGAUUCGUUCUGGAAAACAAGCUUGGAGAGGAAAUCAAUGUUCGAGAGUCCAGCUCUUCUGGAUUCAUGACAUUGAAGCCCGGCGCUCAUGAGCCACUUCACUUCAUGCAGAAGACCGCCAUCAAGCAAAUUUCUUUGUGUCACCCGGGAAUGAACAAUCAAUGGACCUCUCCUUUCAAUAUAUCAGAUAUCGGAACAACUCACGUCAAGAUCGCCAAAGCAGGCCAACGUCAACGUCUAAUCCGCGUUGAGAUUUUGAUGGAGGGUGCGACAAUUUUCCUGCACCUCAGCUUGGAGACCAAGAAUUGGCCCUAUCAGAUGCGGAACGAGAGUGAUACAGAGUUCACAUUCUACCAGGCCAAUCCCAGCCUAGAUGACGAUGGAGUCGAAGACAGAUCUGGCUGGAGGCCUAUCAAGUAUAGACUGCCGCCUAGGAGCAUCAUGCCGUACGCAUGGGAUUUCCCGGCUGCCAAGUUCCGUGAGAUCAUUAUCAAUGCGCAUGGCAAAGAGCGACAUGUGAAGCUUGCGGAAAUUGGCAAUCAAAUUCCGAUGAAAUUUGCGACAACAUCCGGACAACAGAAGAUCAUCGACAUCAACGUUGCCGCUGAUGGGCCUACCCAAACCAUGAUCCUGUCCAACUUCCGACAAUCCAAGAGUCUGUACAGACAGAAGUCGAAGUCUGGAUCUCGCACGAGCACUGAUGGCUUCGAAGUCAAAGACCAAGAGACGACUGCAACCUUCCGCGCGCAGCUAAAGCUUUCGGGCAUUGGAAUAUCACUCAUCAACUCUCAACUCAAGGAACUUGCCUACGUCACUUUCAGAGAUGUUUCUCUACGCUACCAUGACUCUCCUCUGCACCAGACCAUCAGUUUGUCUGUCAAGUGGAUUCAAAUCGACAACCAGCUGUACGGUGGUCUGUUCCCAAUGAUUUUGUACCCCAGCGUUGUCCCGAAGAGAGCCCAGGAGGUCGACGCACAUCCGUCACUCCACGCCAUGGUCACUCGCGUAAAGGACGACUCUUACGGCGUCCUGUACAUCAAAUACGCUACGCUUUUGAUGCAGCAGAUGACCAUUGAGCUUGACGAGGACUUUGUUUAUGCUGUCUUGGACUUCUCAAAUAUCCCUGGAGCCGCUUGGUCGGACACCAACGAGGAAGGCAAGCUCUGCGACGAGGAGCUGGACAUCCCGGAGCCGCAGCGGCAGCAAUCUGGCCAGGACAUCUACUUCGAGUUGCUCAACAUCCAGCCCAUGCAGCUCGAUCUCUCUUUCAUGCGUACAGAAAGAGUCAACGCAGAGGACAAGACGUCGUCCCGAAACCCUCUCAUGUUCUUCCUCAAUGUCAUGACGAUGGCCAUCGGAAACAUCAACGAUGCGCCGAUUCGCCUCAAUGCUCUCAUGCUAGACAACGUUCGCGUGUCCGUGGCAGCCCUGACGCAAAACAUCACGAGUCACUACAGUCAAGAGGUGCUCUAUCAGGUUCACAAAAUCCUCGGAUCUGCCGACUUCCUUGGCAACCCCGUCGGUCUGUUCAACAAUAUCAGCUCCGGUCUCACAGAUGUGUUCUACGAACCUUACCAAGGCCUGAUUCUUUCAGACAAGCCCGAGGACUUUGGUAUUGGAGUUGCGAAGGGAGCUGCGUCACUUGUCAAAAAGUCUGUCUAUGGCUUCAGUGACUCUUUCUCCAAGUUCACUGGUAGUUUGUCAAAGGGCCUUGCAGCUGCGACUCUCGAUAAGCAAUUCCAAGAUCGCCGUCGGAUCACGCGCGCGCGCAACCGGCCCAAGCAUGCUCUGUACGGUGUCACCACCGGCGCCAACUCUUUCUUCACAAGCGCUGCGUCUGGUGUGGGAGGACUUGUCCGCAAACCGUUGGAGGGUGCUGAGCAGGAGGGAGCUGUUGGAUUCUUCAAGGGAAUCGGCAAAGGAGUUGUCGGAUUUGCGACCAAACCCGCCAUCGGCGUUCUAGACAUGGCUUCAAAUGUUUCGGAAGGCAUCCGCAACACGACCACCGUUUUUGACGGUUCAGAGCUCGAUCGUGUCCGUCCCGCUCGGUUCGUACCUUCUGAUGGUAUCGUGCGACCGUACAAUGCUCGGGAAGCCCUUGGCCAAUCCUGGUUGAAGCAGGUUGAUAAUGGCAAGUACUUCAACGAGAACUACAUUGCUCAUCUCGAAUUGCCACGCGAGGAUAUGGUUGUCAUGGUCACGUACGCUCGGAUCCUGCUUAUUCGCAGCCGGCGUCUGACAUCAGAAUGGGAUGUGCCUUUGAAGGAUGUCCAGACCAUCGCCAAAGAGCGGACUGGUCUGAGCCUAACCCUGAGAGGAGGCACAAAUGGCCCCUUCCUCCCUGUUGGCGACGAAAGCGGUCGUGCUUUUUUGUACAAGAUGGUGGCUGUUGCUGUGGAGGAGUUCAACCGGCGGUUCAGGGGACUUGAGUAA